AUAAACUAAAAUAAUUAUUUUAUUUUUUAUGAGGAUUUAUUAAUUGUAAUUAAUAUAAAUUUAAUUUUAAAGCCAGAUUGUAUAAUACAAGGAAGAAGAUAUUUACAGUUUAUUUAUCGUUCUUCGAGUUAUAAACAAAUUUAUUAAAUGGAAUUCAAGGUUAUUCUGCUGGCAACUCUCAUCCUUAUUACUGAAAAUGUAUUAUGUAAGUCUAAUCUUGUCGAUAGAAGAUGCUUAAAUUGCUUUUGUCAGGCACAAAGCAAUUGUAACAUGUCAGCCGAAUGCAUCAAUAUGCCUUUUACCGUAUGCGGUCCGUACAAGUUGAGUCACGGAUAUUGGAUAGACGGAGGCAAACUCGGAUAUCAACUUGAAAAUGACGAUUCCAACAAGGAACGUGAGGAUUUCGAACGGUGUUCAAAAAAUAAAGCGUGUGCGGAGCAAACCAUAGAAAACUACAUGAAAGAGUACACGAAAGACUGCAAUGACAAUGGCAUAGUGGAUUGUGUGGAUUACUUUCGGAUCCACGUAGGAGGACCCGGAGGAUGUACAGGACAUGGGUUUGAGAGUGGUUUGGAAUGGUUGAGGUUUUUAGAAUGCUAUCUUAAUACGGCUACGAACGUAAGCGAAGCAUUAAUUAAUUUAGGCAUUGUAAGAUUACAUUAAAUACAUUAGAAGAUGUCAGAGAAAUCAUUAAUAAAGCCAAACCUCGAUGUAUCAUCUUUCAAAAUCGGUAAGGCGCUAAACGGAUUCUUCUCUUAGUGUCUGCAAUGCAAAAUGCAUUAUUAUCCUCGAUCGCGUGAGACUCAAACUUGUGUACACGUCAUUGAUAUAGCUUAAGAUUCGUGUACUGUACUUGGGUUUAGCGUCACACUCGAUUUAAUGCCAAUUUUAGAGUCGAACCGAUAGACGACGGAGCUAAAUAUAUUGAAAUUUGGUUGAUAAAAUUUCUAUUUUAUCAUUAAAUUUUGCAUAAUAAUUGAAAGUUUUCGGUGGAAAGAUGGAAAUAUUUUUACAUUUCUCACGUGUAUUUAACCUUCUAUUAAGAGCUUUUAUGUAAAAUAAAUGUGGAGAAAGUAAAUGGAGUAAUUAAAUUUAUUGAAGUGGAAGAUGCAAUCAUCCGGAUAAAAUUAUUGAUUCUUUCUAUCGACUCAUGAAUAUUUUCUUCUUUAUUUCUACAUUUAAUCAAUGGUAGCCGAUAGCAGAUGAUUUAAGCUGAAAAAUUGUUUUUUCUAGAAAUAAAAUUCUGUAAUUUUUUUUUAAUUUUACAAUUAAUUAUAAGAAAUCUGCUAUAAAAUACGAUAUAUUUUUAUACUAAAUUUAAAUAUUUUUCAAAGGUUUUAUCCAUUAGAAAACCGCAUAAAGCGCGAAAUUCUUCCUUAAAAUUAUCGUUUUAUCAGAGAAAAUUAAGGAAAAUAUUCUAUUAAUUAAUAGUUCGGAGUUAAAUUGUAAUUCGUAAUAAAAUAUAAAGAAAUUUUAAUGCGUAAAACCUACUUAUGACAGUAUUUGUACGUUCGUUUGCCUGUACUUGUUCAAUGAAUCUCUUAACGCGGUAUUACUUUCGGUGUUUCGAUUUUUAAAUUGAGUUUUAAUCAAGAAAAAUCCAAUAAAAUUGUGAAC